AAACCACGCACCCACUUCGCUCCACAACACAACUCUGUCGUUGUUACCGUAGAGAGAGAAAGAGUGAGUGAGUGAGUGAGUGAGUGAGAAGAAGAAGAAGCCAUGAACAAAAGAACCACGUUGCUUAUUCGAACCCUCUUGUUCCUCUUCGUACUUAACUCCCUCUAUCUCUCUCUCUACUUCACCCACAAACCCUCUUCUUCUUCAGAAGAAGAACAAGAAAAAUCUGAACUUGAACCAGACACAUAUCUCACACCAUUUUCACACGAACCUCACUUUUCAAAGCCAUGGCCAAUUGUCCCCUCCCACAUCCCCUGGACUACCACUUCUGCGCGAUCCCACUCCUGCGAGGCCUACUUUGGGAACGGCUUCACUCGCCGCCGCGACGUCCUCCUUCCCCGCGGCGGCGCGGGGUGGUUCCGGUGCCACCACAGUGACACGCUCCGGAACUCGGUGUGCGAGGGCGGGAGACUCCGCAUGGCGCCGGAGAAGAUCACGAUGGCGAAGGGUGGCGAGGAUUUGGCGGCGGUUAUGGGGCGCACGGAGGACGAGGAGAUGCCCGUGUUUCAAAACGGUGCGUUUCAGGUUGACGGCGGUGAAGUCGUCGUUGACCGGGAGCUUCUGGUUGACCAAGAGUUUUUGGAUGAGUAUGUGCCGAGGGGAGGGAUCGAUAGGCACACCAUGCGGGAGUUGAUUGCCAAGAUACGGAUCGUGAGAGGGAAGGAUUUUCAAUGUGAUGAGUGGAUUGAGGAACCAACACUUCUGGUGACACGUUUUGAGUAUGCUAAUCUUUUUCACACUGUUACAGACUGGUACAGUGCUUAUGUUUCUUCUAGAGUCACUGGUCUGCCCAAUCGACCUCAUGUGGUCUUUGUUGACGGCCACUGUAAGGCUCCUCUUGAAGAGACAUGGAAAGCCUUGUUCUCAAGCGUCAGAUAUGCUAAAAGCUUCAGUGGUUCAGUUUGUUUUCGUCAUGCUAUUCUCUCACCUUUGGGAUAUGAAACGGCAAUGUUUAGAGGACUUUCAGAACAUAUAGAUUGUCAUGGAGCUCCUGCACAAGAACUACUGCAAAAGCCUGAUGACCAAAAAACUGCACGCCUUUCUGAGUUUGGAGAAAUGGUCAGAGCAGCAUUCGGGCUACCUCUAAACAUACACCGCGAUGGAAAAUCACUCGCUGGACAUAAUGUCCUCUUUGUUCGUCGUGAAGAUUAUUUAGCUCAUCCACGUCACAGUGGAAAACUUGAAUCGCGACUAAGUAACGAGCAAGAAGUCUUCGACUCCUUGAAGAGCUGGACAUUUAAUUAUAAAGGGUGUAAAAUUAACCUUGUCAACGGAUUGUUUGCGCACAUGUCUAUGAAGGAUCAGGUACAAGCUGUUCAUGAUGCAUCGGUCAUCAUCGGUGCCCAUGGUGCCGGUCUUACUCAUAUAGUGUCUGCAUUGCCUAAAACUGUGAUUCUGGAGAUCAUUAGCAGCUAUUACAGACGACCACAUUUUGCAUAUAUUUCACGGUGGAGAGGGUUAGAGUACCAUGCAAUCAACCUUGCCGGAUCACAUGCUGAUCCUGGAACUGUGAUCAAAGAACUGGCGAACAUAAUGAAAAGCCUUGGAUGUUGAGUGUUAUGGGGGUUGAAACUGCUGAUAUAUCUGAGCUUGAGUGGUGGAAUGGAAGGUGAUCUUGAAUUUUCGGAUUAACAUUUCAUGUGGCUUGCAAUGUUUCUUUUUUUUUUUCCUUUCAUUGCAGUCAGUUUGGUUGCUACAAAGUGCUUCAGAGUUGCUGAUAUCUUUUGUUGGAGCAAAAAUAGCAUAAUUAACAUGACAAUUCUACAAUGCUUGUGAAGGAUGCAGAAUCAAUGCCAUGUGAGAAACGUCCAUUUGCCUUGGUUUGUUAGUAUCUAUGAAGCACGGACACUCUAGUCUCUUGUGGUAUCUGAUGUCCGACACGUGUCCAUGUUAGUGUCCGACAUCGACACGACACCCGCAUUACGUUCUAUAUUUUGGUGUCUACGUAUCUGUGUUCGUGUCAGUGUUGGUGCUUCAUAGGUUAAUAUUGUGGCAUCUUCUAGUUCAUUUUGUUUCCUUCACAUUCUCCUUGCGAGUACCUGGCACAUUAUACAGAGGAGUCUCAAUUUUUUAUUUAUUUUUGUAUUGAUACUUUCAUACUUACCCCGCUUUGUUGUACAAUAAUAGGCUUUUCCACGGUUUCAUAUUUUCUGUGUAUUUUCGAUACGGAUUCUCUGUUAAUUGUUGAGGUAAUCUAUACAAAUUGAAUUUGUACGUA